UAAUAUGGGCGUCCCCUUGCCACUGGGGCAGUCCUGGGGUACUUGUGGCAGUGUCUGCCACCUAGUGGCAAAAGAGAAUCACCAUCACAUUGACUAGUCUCCACGGUCCUAAUGGUUAAACAGAUACAUCUCUGCUUAGACAUCUAGGAACAGUAAAUUGGAGGGGACACCAGAGUGAUGAGGAAGAAAAAUGGUGAAAUGUUCCUACAAGAUGAAGAAGCGGGACCUCUGGGUUUCAACGCCAGCAUAGUCCUUCUGAAGAGACCUGAGCUGCAGUUGCAUUUUGGUCAAGGAUCUGCCUCCCCACCCAACAUGUGACUGCUCCCACGCUCAGAAAGGGAUCUGAUGCUAUGGAGCCGGCAUUAAACUGCUCUGACCUGUGUCACCGUAUCCCCAGUCAGGAACUGAACGACAGGUCCCUUCAGGAUUUCUGUGGAACGGCUGUAACCUCUUCCGACCUCGGCACUGAGCCCAGCUCCUCGUUGUCCUCCGUCCUCUUGGGCCUCGUAUGGACUUCUCUCAGUGCAGGACUUCUUCUGGCACUCUUCUUUCUCAUUUUCACAAUCCGAUGUAGGAACAACAGGAUUGUGAAGAUGUCCAGUCCCAAUCUGAACAUUAUGACCUUGAUGGGCAGUGGUCUGAUAUAUGCAAGUGCAUAUCUCUUUGGAGUUUCAGACCAAGAUAUUUUUUUGGGACCCUCCAUGACAACCCUCAUUCAGGUCAGACUGUCCCUAUUGUGUGUUGGAAGUUCCCUAAUGUUUGGCCCCAUCCUGGGGAAGAGCUGGAGAUUGUACAAAGUUUUUACCCAGCGGGUCCCAGACAAGAGAGUGAUUAUUAAAGACCUACAGCUGCUUGGACUGGUAGCAGUGUUGGUGAUAGUUGAUGUUAUCCUGCUUGUUACAUGGGUAUUAUCUGAUCCUAUCCAGUGUCUUCAGAUUCUCCGCUUUACAGUGAGGAUGACAGAGAGAGACAUCACCUGUUCCGUGACCAAGACAUACUUUUGUGCUUCCCUUUACUCUGAUCUCUGGAUUGUUCUCAUUUUGGGAUAUAAGGGUAUAAUCCUGCUCUAUGGUGCCUACCUGGCGGGGCUGACGGAUCAUGUUAGCUCUCCACCAGUGAAUCAGUCCUUGACCAUCAUGGUUGGAGCCAAUCUUGUCUUGCUAGUUGCUGGGCUCCUCUUCUUGGUCAUUAGAUUCUUCCAUGAUUGGCCCAAUCUUGUCUUUGGACUCACAGCUGGAGGCAUCUUUGUUUGUACAACAACAAUCAACUGCUUCAUCUUCAUUCCACAACUGAAGCAGUGGAAGCCAUUUGAUGAAGAAAACCAAACAGUCGGCCAUAUGGCAAAAUACUUCAGCAGCCCCAGCAAAAGCUUCCAUAUCCCGUAUAGUGAGGAACAGAUCUACCAUCUAAUAGGGGAAAAGAACUCCAUGAAAAAACUCCUAACUGAGAAAAAUGCUGUGAUUGAAAGCCUCCAGGAGCAAGUGAACAAUGCCAAGGAGAAACUGAUGAGACUAAUGUCAGGCGACUGCACCAAUGAUCACCCUAGUCAAACUGUCACUCCUGUUCUUGUUCAGGCAAAGAAUAGCCCUAGUGAAGCCUCUAUCCAUGGAGGUGUAGCAGCUGAAGGUCUUUUCAACAGUCUCUCAGAUUCUGGUGGGGAGCCCUGCCCUGUCUUCCCAAACACACAAUGCAGUCCAAUCCUCUUUACUAGUUUACAGAGCCUUAAGGAUUAUGUAAAAGACCAAGACUCUUCCCCACAACACCCUACAACAGAACAGAUUUCUGACUCAGAAGACGUAUCUAAUCAUUUAAACUUAGAAAAUACCCAGAAGCAGCAGGCUUCCCAGACUGGCAUUCUAAAAGCAGAAGAUCAGGGGUUGACAUCCCCAAGCCAGAAUAUUAUACCAGAUCCCAAAGCCAGUAUUCCUCAGAGACAAAAUCAGUUCAGAAAUUCAGAAAUGGAGCAGCCACCAAAGAUUAAUUAUGUAAGCAGUGAGAUGCUUCAAGAGGUCUUACAAGAACUGAGCUUGGGCAAAGUAACUUACCCCUCUUGUUCUCCCAGUGGUCCCCAAUGCUUUAGUUCCAGGGUGCACCAAGAAGAUAGUGUUGCCCACAGUCUCCAAAAGAGGUCUUUCUCUAAUGACAUGGAAAUUAGCCCAUAUAUGGUGAGAAGGAGACGGGCAGCUCAGCGAGCCUCCAUGCAUUUCCCAGGGUCCAUGCCUUCACAAUCAUGGUGCCUGAUGAACAAGACAGUUUCCAAGACACAGAGUGGACUAACGGUUCAGAGGGAGAACAUGUUCAACCAGGAGCUCCAGGCUGGGAAUCCUGAAGGACAAAAGUCCUUUUCAUGGAAAUCUUCCCUGCUUGCUCCAGCCCAUGGUAGCCAGAAUCCUCAAGCUGAAAACUGGCAGAGCCAAUGUGAAGAUCAUAGAACCAGAGUAAGAGUAAGAGAUGGAUUUCCAAACCAGUCUUCCUGCUCUAGUCAUGUAGAAAAUCAAGUUGCCCCUAUCCAUUCCAGUAACCCACCAAAUCUCCUCCGGCUAGAGCGACUGCAGUUGAGUGGUACGGGCUGGCCAGCCCUGCCUUCCCUGUGUGAUUAUGAGGAUUCCGAGUCCAGCAGCUCUGACGAACCAUUCUGUCGCUGCCAUCGGCCUUAUUGUGACAUUUGCUUCCAGAGUUCCAGUGACUCUGGUGACAGCAGCACUUCUGAAAAUGAUCCUGAACCAGCACAGGGCACAGCCCACUGGGCCAAACUGUAUGCCAGGUCCCACCCCAUUGUGAAUUUCAGAGAGGACUUGAAACCCACAUUGGUAUAAAAGCAGUGGAAUCAGUCUAUUUAGAAGGGUAUGAUGAUGCCCUCAGAGAUCUGCAGGAGAAGCUUUUGACGCUAUGGGAAUGGAUCUAAGUUCAUUCAGCAAGUAACUGUUCUGUUCAUGACCAACACACUGUGUGAUCUUGGUCAUGUCAUUUUUUCUCUUUGUGAUUCAGUCUCUCCACAUAUAAAUUAGAAUGCUGUUACCUGCCUUGUCACUACCUCAUAGGGAUGACAGUCCCCAAUGGGUUGUCUGCAAACCAUUAAGCUGCUGAUAGACAUAUUUUAGUUCUGCCUAAUAAAGAAAAACUUCUUAACAAAUAAAGUUAUACUAGGGAAGAAUGUAAAGCCAGGAGGCAAAGGCAAAGAGUUCCUCAUUCUAAGAGCUUUGUAAACAGAAGUUGAAUCUCCACUUGUUGGAGAUGAUAUAUAUAUAUAUAUAGUUUUCUUCUGAGGUAUGUAUCAAAUCACAUGAGAUCCCUUCCUGCUCUGGGACUCUAUGGCUCUAUAAGGUGCUUUGAGAUCUUUGGGUAAAAGAUAUGUAUGAGUACAGAGUUUGUGUUGAAACUAUAUUGGUUGCACUGAAUUCUUUGGUGCUUAAUGAAUACUUAUUGAAUGAAUGGAUGAAUGGAUGCAUAAAAAUCUAUGGAGUCAAUUCAGUGCCUAUGGCACCUGAAGUUGAUACUUUGGUCAGAAUGGAUUCUGUUUUGAGAUACACUUAUUCUCAAGCAAUCUUUUCGAUCCCAAUCAUUACCCUCUCUGAAAAAGGCAUUGAUUUUAGUGCAGGGCUAAUAGAAAUCAUGUUGGUGCUACUGAAGAUUGUAUUGGCUGUCACUCAUAUUCUUGCCUCUCUGGCUAGAAUAAGUUUAGGCUUGUGCUCUUAGCAUACUGUAGAAAUAUGGGAGGUGGGAUGCCGAUUAGCCUGAAGAAGAAAAGACAUGGAAAUUCUAAUCAUUGUCUUCAAGUAUUUGAAUGGCUAUCAUUGCAAGAAGGAUUAGACUUGUUCCACCCGGUCCCAGAGGAGGAACUAGGAACAAUGGAUGGGAAAUGAAGAGAAUCCGACUUAGAUUCAGUGGAAGAAAAAAAUGUACUGAUAAUUAGGGUUGUCCCCAAAAUCAAAUGGGCUGCCUUGGGAGGUGACAGGUUCUUCUCCAUUCUUGAAAGUCUUUCACUGGAGGCUGUUUUACCACUUGUUUGGUAUGUCAGAGAAGGCACUCCUGUUCUGGUUUAAACCAGAUAGAUUCCAAUUCUGACUCUUUGAAAUUAUAAGGCAAAAUUUGUCUUUGGUUUCUUUCUAUCCUUUCAGCUGUUUUCCUUAUUACUCCAUGUAGUAACUUCAUAAUAUCCUCUGGUUUCCCCAGCCCUUCAUCGAAACACAUGCUAAAUAAAUUUAAACAACACCUUGCUUAUUCAAUCCAACUCCACUCUGUAUUCAUUUCUUUGGAACUCCUGAUUUCCCAAUGUCAGUAUCACUUAUGAUAGACAUUGAUAUUAACUCUUUUAGAGUGAACUGGGUAUUUCAUGCAUGGCAUGGAAGAUAUUUCUAGGCAGGGAACCUCUAUACCACCCUAAGGGAGUUUUUCCUUCAGCUAUAUAUAAGGCCAGUUACUGAAUAUUUCCUAUCCUGAACAGGUAACAGGAAGGAAAAGAGAAAAGGGGAAAGGAGUGGCAAGAAGAGGAAAAGAAAGGAAUAUGUGUGAGAGAGAGUCUUUGCAUAGCUCUUCAUCCACAACAAGAGGAAAGGGAAGGGGACAAAAAGCUUUGAUUCAGAGAGAAGAAAAGAAAAUCUGAGUAGCUUGGGCUGGGCUAAGAGGUGGGGUGGGGGAAAGAUGGGAAAAUCAUAGUAGAACAUUUUUCUUCUUCUGUAUACCAGGGCAACAAAGAAUGUGACUAUCUCCUUUUGGGGUGGGGCAAGGGGGAAAAUCCCUUCAUAGGAUCAAAGGAUCAUGGAAUUAGAGUUAUGAGAUACCUUAGAGACUUAUCUAGUUUCACCCUCUCAUUUUACAGAGCAACUGGUUAUCUCUAUAGAUGGAGUUUUUAACUUGGAUUUAGGAAGAGUUUAAAUCUUGCCUCAGAUACUUACCAACUGGAGAAGUCAUUUUAUCUUUCUCUAUCUAUAAAAUAAGAAUAAUAACAAUCCCUAUAUUGCAGAGUUGUGAGGCUCAAAGAUUAAAAAGCUGAUCUCAAACCAUAAAGUAUUAUAUAAACACUAGCUAUCAUUACUACUAAAUGGGGAGUGUAUCAUUACUGGAUGGGGAAACUGAAGUCUGAAUUGGUUAAAUGGCUUGUUCAAAAUCAUAUAGUUUGUAUUUGUGGUAAGAGUUGAACCUUGAUCUUCCUAAUUCCAAAUCCAACACUCUAUUCACAAUACCAGUCUUUGUCUUCUGAUUCCUUGCCUUCACCUGGGUUUAUGUAGCCACAUUAUGGGAAGCUAGCUGAGCCACAGAGAGAGACUCUACUUGCUAGUUUCCCUGAUCUAAUAGUCUUAUUUGCAGACCUAGUUGGUCACUGAAUGUGUAUGUUUCUAUGUGUGUGUAUGCAUGUGUAUGCAUUUGAGUGUAAAUAUGUAAAAAGGGGUUUCUGCCACUUUGGCUCUGUGCAGUGUGGGAAUGUGGUUUUUGACAACUAGUAGGGAAUAUAUGAAGAACAUCAUGACACUGUGUAAAAAGCACAGGAUUCUAUUAGAGCCAGAGGACCUGAGUUCAGAUCUCAGCUCUGCUACCUACUACUAUCUGGAUUCCGGUUCCUCUUCUGUAAAAUAACAAGGGGGCAAAUUAAAUGGUCUACAAGUCCCUACUUACUCCAGUAAGUAUCACAUGAUCUUAUAUUUAGACUCUCAUUUUCUUCCUAAAAAUUCUUGAAGACUAAUGUUCUGAAUCAGUGAUCCAAGGACAACUUUCCUGAGCUAUAAUGUCACUGUUAUUUAUUUUUCUUUAAAUCAUUGACUGACUUUAUAAGUUAUUAUGUGUGGGUUUGUAGUUCCUAACCAUUUUGUUCUUAUAUUAUUUGAGCUGUAGUUUAAUAAAAAGA